GGAGGUCUCUAUGGUGAAAUGGUGCCAUGGUGGAAUUGAUGACCCAGAUGUUUGCACCCCAUGUGUUGUGUGUUUUAACUUGAAUGAUCUUAUCGAAGGAUUCCGGGGUUUUGCCUGACCUGGAGGUCUAUACGGUGAGAUGGUGCCCUGGUGGAAUUGUAUAGGAGACUUUGGCGAUUCUUUUUGUAAUGUUAUUGCGUGUUUGUGCAUUGGCAACCUUCUCAAACUGGUGUUAGUUCUUCCGAGGGGCGAAGUAUCACCACCCUUUGGUAUUUAGUCAUCAUGGCCUUACUCUUUCUGGCAAACCUUGUCGCAGAGUACGGGAUGUGGAUAUGAAGCAUGAUUUUGCCUUUGUUGUUCAAUAAUGCCUCAAUAUGAUGAUCGUGAUCGGUAUGGGGAUCACUAUGGAAGGGAAACCACCCGCCUCUAUGUUGGUCAUCUAUCAUCGAGAACACGCUCACGCGAUUUGGAUGACCUCUUUGGCAGAUACGGAAGAGUACGGGAUGUGGAUAUGAAGCAUGAUUUUGCCUUUGUUGAGUUUAGUGAUCCCAGGGAUGCUGAUGAUGCACGAUACAGUCUGAAUGGUCGAGAAUUUGAUGGAAGCCGUAUUGUAGUGGAGUUUGCUAAAGGGACACCACGUGGUUCAGGAGGUUCAAUAAUGCCUCAAUAUGAUGAUCGUGAUCGGUAUGGGGAUCACUAUGGAAGGGAAACCACCCGCCUCUAUGUUGGUCAUCUAUCAUCGAGAACACGCUCACGCGAUUUGGAUGACCUCUUUGGCAGAUACGGAAGAGUACGGGAUGUGGAUAUGAAGCAUGAUUUUGCCUUUGUUGAGUUUAGUGAUCCCAGGGAUGCUGAUGAUGCACGAUACAGUCUGAAUGGUGGAGAAUUUGAUGGAAGCCGUAUUGUAGUGGAGUUUGCUAAAGGGACACCACGUGGUUCAGGAGGUACAUGGGCCCGGUCCAUAUCUCCACUUAGGAGAGAGCGGAGCAUUGAGCGAGUGGAUAGGAGGAGAUCAAGAAGCCCAAGGUACAGCAGGAGCCCCAAGCCAGAGAGGAAGGCAUCUCCACCUCCAUCCAGGGGGAGGAAGCGCAGCUCAACUCCUGAUGAGCUGAGCCCACUCAGAGACAGUCUCUCCCCAAGAGAGCAGAGGAAGACGGCCACUGGGCGCAACGGGUCAGAUUACAACAGUGAGAGUCCUCCCAGGGCUAGGGGCAGAAGUCCGAGUCCCGGGGAGAACAGCCCUGCAGCUAGCAGGAGCAGGAGCGGGAGCAGAAGCCCGAUCCGCAGAGAUGACAGGAGUCCAAUGAAGGAAGAAAGGGACAUGCGGGGCAAUCAUAGAGGCAGAGGUGGCAUUGAAUCCCCAAGUGCUUAA